UGUUUCAUACACCUACAAUGAAAGCCGAAGAAGCGUGACCCUAUCAUGGCUGUUUUGUGUUUUCUUCAAAGUUAGCGUGAUCACCGUGGUUUUGACAUCUUCAUAGCAUGCAGAGCGCAUGACGGCUAGUUAGUGCAGUCGUUUGUGAAAGAUGCUGGAGGACUUGUAUGGAGCACAUAUUUUGCCGCCCACCCCAAGAUCAGCAACAUUUAGUUUUUCCCGUCUUGCAGCCCUACCACGUUGCCUGCCCAUGGAUGGGAGCAGUCAUCCUAUCCGCAGGACUCUGUACCGUCUGAAGUUGGUGAGUUCUCCCAACCUGAGUCAGCUUGGCAAGACUGAGAAAGCCUCAUUGGAGGAGAGAGGAACAGGGCCAAAUGCAACCUGGAACAGUAUUCAAAAUGCUGUCAUUGCUGUAUUCCAGAAGAAAGGACUGGCUGACAAUGAGCUUUAUGUCCUGAAUGAGGGUGUAAGGCAACUGCUGAAAACAGAACUAGGCUCCUUCUUCACGGAGUACCUUCAGAACCAGUUGCUGACUAAAGGCAUGGUCAUUUUGAGAGAUAAAAUAAGAUUCUAUGAAGGUCAGAAACUGCUGGACUCCCUGGCCGAGACCUGGGAUUUUUUUUUCUGUGAUGUUCUGUCCAUGCUCCAGGCCAUUUUCCACCCAGUCCAGGGCAAAGAGCCUUCCGUGCGCCAGCUGGCCCUGCUGCAUUUCCGCAACACUAUCACCCUCAACGUGAAGCUGGAGGAGGCUCUUUCCAGACCACGUGCCCGAGUGCCCCCUCCCAUCAUCCAGAUGCUGUUGGUUCUACAGGGCGUCCAUGAGUCCAAAGGUGUGAGUGAGGAGUACCUGAGACUGGAGUCUCUCAUCCAGAAGGUGGUGUCUCCAUACUUGGGCACUCAGGGACUUUGUUCUGAUGACUGCCAAGCCCCCCAUUGCUCAUGUGUUCUCGAGAAACAUUUGCAGUGGUGCUGGUCCAAACCGGGUGACCUGCCUGUUCCUAAUCCAGUGGUGCGUUCUAAGAGCUAUAACAUACCCAUGCUCACACCUGUUGCUGAAUAUGACUCAGAGGCUACUGCAGUUGGCGGCGUGGGCAUCCGACGCCACUCUGCCUGUGAGGUCACUUCUUGUCUGGAGCAGCAAGGCUACCCUGCCUUGUCAGUUGGCAUGGAGACCAGCUCUACCCCCAGGCUUUCACUGGAUCACGACCUGCCCUUGUCAGAGGCAAUGCGGGGGGCCUCUGGGCAGCCCAGUCUUCUCACCCCCACCAUCUUUGUUCACAGCUCUGCAGGGCCCCUCAACCCUGCACAGCCCCAGUCCUCUCCUUCUGACAGAGACAAAACUCUGUCCUCUCCCCCCAGCUGCUCCUCCAGCCCAGAAACUAUCGUCAUGCAGGGGAUGGACUCCUUGGAGUCGGAUCAUGAUGGAAUCUUUAUUGACUUUUCACACUGCCAGUCCGACUCUUUUGGAACCAGCCGGAAGAUGAGCUGACAUGCCGGUGAACUCUCUUUAACAUUCCUUUUAGGAGGAAUUACAUUUCAUCUCAGUUAAGGGGUCAAUUUUGAAUGCCCCUACUGAACUCAAAACAGCUGUUCUGUAUGUGUAUGUUUUUUAAUAAGUAGGUCAAUGUCUUUUUUCCUGAACUGA